AGACGAACGGAAUGGCGCAGCUGUGAAGACAGUCGGUCUGAAGACUGACGUUGUCUACGGCUAGGCUCUGUCUUUUCAAUGCACAUGACUGUACUACAAUCAUUUACCUGUUCCUAGUAGUAGAUUGGGCACACUUCAAAUCAAGUAAGAGCGUGUAGUUGUCGGCAGUCUGGAGUCGGAGCUGGCCAGGAACUGUUUGGAUUACACCAGCGUCCUGAUGGUGAGCCCUGUUAUCCUUGCAAGAUGUCACCUAUUGCACUUGUUCCGGUCCUGUUCAUAAUCGCAGGGGUUUUAGGUAUUUGCAGAAAGGUAUACUCAUUGCUAAAGCUACGCCAGGACUUGAUUGCUUUGGUGCCAGAGCCUGAGAAGGCACAGGGAUUCCAUGGCCACUUCUCCAAGGACCUGACCAAGAGUCGGGCGCAGCUUCUGUCAUGGGUGAAUUCCAAGCCAAAGAUAUGUCGGCUCAAUCGAGCGUUUAUACCAACAGUAUGCGUAUGCCAUCCGGAGACCAUCUCGCAACUCUUUGCUUCUAAUCCGCCAAAGUUCUGGUACGUGAUGGAUUUUUUGAAAGAGUUUUUGGGCGACGGUUUGAUCAAUAGUACUGGGCUUAGGUGGCACCGGGAUCGCAAGCUCCUGUCACCAUUAUUUGGAGGCACAAUGCUGCGAAAGUAUGUCCAGGACCUGAGCAGCGUGGCGAAGAAAAUGGUCGAUCAAUUCACAGUCCGCUCGGCGGAUAAUGAGCUGUUCGACGGCGAGAGUAUCUUUCAACUUGUCACAUUUGAUGCCAUCAUGCGUUGUAUGCUUGGAGUUGAUAUAGACUCCUGGACCAACGCGAAAUCAAGCCCUGUCGAACAGUACAAGCACGCAGUGAAGUAUCUAGCUCAGGAGUCGGCCAAGCGACCGACAAAUCCAGUGCUGCACAGCAACUUCAUUUACUACCUAACAUCCGAAGGAAGGAAAUACAGCAGGCAGCUCUCAAUCGCCAAUGCCUUCGCUGACAAUAUCAUUGAGGAACGACGGGGCACAUUAGCGAGCCGAACCAACCCUGAUGGCGCUUGUAGUGACGGAGUCAGUGCAUGCAAUAUGCUUGAUAUCAUGCUUAAAGCAGAGGAUGAAGAUGGCAACGGCUUGAGCAAUACAGACAUUCGACACCAUGUCAACACGUUCCUGGAAGCAGGUCACGACACCACUUCCACAGUCAUGCAGUGGGCAGUGUACUAUUUACAAGAACACCAAGAUAUUCAGGAGAGGUGUCGCCAGGAAAUCCAGACAGUGCUUGGUGAUUCCGGCUUGGAACAUCUAUCAUUGGAUGAUUUGUCGCAGAUGGAGUAUCUAUUGCAAUUCAUCAAUGAGACGCUCCGCCAUGCUUCGGUUACCCCGCUCCUCUUUCGCCGUCUCGACAAGGAGACAGAAAUAGGAGGGUAUGUACUUCCUGCCGGUACACCGAUUCAAGUGCUGCUGUUUUCACUUCACCACAACCCGCUGGUCUGGAAAGAUCCGGAGGCAUUUGAUCCAAGUCGAUUUUCUCCAGAGCGCACUGCAAGCCGUCUUUCUAAUUCGUUCUUUCCAUUUGGAGUUGGCGCACGCAACUGCAUUGGAAGGCAGUUUGCAAUUACUGAGCUGAAGAUCCUCAUCUGCUCAGUGCUGCUGAGUUUCCGCAUACUGCCAAGAAGGAAGUCUAGUGAGGAGAUACCAGCGUGGGUGCCAAGACUCGUAGCCAGGCCAGAACCAGGCAUCAAAUUCCAACUAGAACUGCUGCAGCAUUGAUAAAGAACUGUGCCUUGUAAGGAGCGACUUCAUUUCAUUCAGGAUAUCAACGGGAGUGCAAGAAGGUGCCUGCGGGUCAUUUCAUUUGUAAAUAUCUGCUAACGUUAUUGCCCCCGCUUGUUUUUCAAGAUCCAUUGCUUCUUGCCUCCCGGUUAAUUUCCAUCUAGCUGUUUCUGGCUAGUACCAGUUCUAUCGCACUUAUUAAUCAUCCUUAUUGGCGUCAUGCCAUCGUGGAAUAAAAGAAUAAUAAUAAUAAUAAUUUUUUAGUGUGCGUUCCGUCAUAGCAGACACUCUGAAGAACAAUAGAAACAGUUAUGUAUGUAGUCCAUGACUCAUGAGUGAGAUUGAUUGAUUGAUUUUAUUUGGAUUCGCGAGACCAAACGAGCAGGAGUGCUCAAUAACAGGGUA